UUGCAUUUAUACCCCUCUUCGUAUUGUUCAUGGUUGAUAAAAUUCCUCACUGAAAUUUACACCUUUCCAUCAAAAUGAUCGAGAAACGCAACGAUGCGCUACGCACAAACCCAGAUGUUUUCCAUUAUCCUACCUCUACCGAUAUUGGUAUCACAAGCCGUGGAAGUGAUGUGUACUGGGCCAUAACUGCCGCAAUGGCCUUCGCAACUAUAUGUUUUCUAGCAUGGAGCUUCCGAAUUCCACGCAGCAAGCGGAUUUUCCAUUACAUCACCGCGGCUAUCACUAUGACUGCUGCAAUUGCAUAUUUUACCAUGGCGUCGAAUCUGGGCUAUGCUUCUAUCAUUCAGGAAUUCCAACGCGGAAAUCCUAAAGUUCGUGGUGUUACUCGGGAAAUUUUCUACGUGAGAUAUAUCGAUUGGGUUGUUACUACUCCUGUAAGUAUUCUCUGCUGGCUUCUCAUGUGCUUGCUCAUUUACUAAUCCUUCCUCUUUUAUUCUAGCUUUUACUCCUAGAUAUCCUCUUAACUGCCGGCCUUCCAUGGCCUACAAUCUUAUUCACAAUUUUCCUCGACGAGGUCAUGAUAAUUACCGGUCUCGUCGGUGCCCUCGUCGCCUCCUCUUAUAAAUGGGGAUACUUCGUCUUCGCCAUGUUCGCCCUCUUCGGCAUCGCAUGGAACAUCCUCUUCGUCGGUGCCCGCCACGCCAAAGCCCUAGGCACAGAAGUAAACAAAGCAUACUGGACCUGCGGCGGCCUCACCAUGUUCCUGUGGUUCCUAUAUCCUAUCGCAUGGGGUCUCUCCGAGGGCGGAAAUAUCAUAGCUCCUGACUCUGAAGCCGUGUUUUACGGUGUCCUGGAUGUGCUUGCCAAGAUCGGGUUUGGAAUUCUUCUCCUGAACGGUCAUCGGAAUAUUGAUCCUGCUCAUCUGGGUUUGCAUAUUCGUGAUUAUAAUGAGCAGCCGGUUUCGUUGCAUGAGAAGAAUUCGUCUGCUCCGGUUGCGGGUGCGGGUACAGGUGCGACGGGAGGCUAUGGUAAUACGUAUAGUGCUCCUGGUGCUACGGCGGCUCAUUCCAAUGCUGCUGCUCGUGAUGCGGGGGCCCAGCCGGUUAAUUCGUCGGUUGUUUGAUUGUUACUUGGUUUAUCUAGUUGUCAUGCUUGAGGAAUCAUGGAUGGCUUUGGAAUAAGCAAUUCUGUUCUACAUGGCGUUAUCUACACAUGAUAAUUUUCAGGAAAGAUGGACAAUUCGGAUCAGAGAGUAGAGAGUAGAAAGUAGAGAGAUUUCUUUUCUUUUACUUUUUCUUUCUUUUUUUCUCUUCUUUAUAUUGGGUCUCAGACUUGAAAAUAAAUUUUUGGGUUGUUGGGUCG